CAUUCUGAUAAGACUGAGAAAGCGUGUAUUUUCAGGCAAAUCGCGAGAUUCUCUCUUCUAUUUAUAUCACAAGUUAAGGAAGUGGUGAAGAAGAACACGCUGAGCGUAAAGAUUCAAGAGGAAAGGAUGAACGUCGAUUUAUGCAAUAUGCUGCUCGAGUCUUUAUCCCCAUUCAAGGCAUCUUCUAGCAACGACCCUGUGCAAGCCAAGCUGAAAGCCCGAAUCAAUUGGAACCAUUGGAAGUUCUGCUUUCUAAAUAUGGUAAAGGCGUCAGGGAUGACAGGUGAAAAGGAGCUGAAGGCACUCCUGCUUCACUGCGGCGGCGUUGAAUUGCAGAAAAUCUUCUAUGAUUUGCCUGGAGCAGAGAUGGAGGACAAUCCGAGAGCUCUGAACGAGCCUUACAAGGUGGCGCUUGAGAUGCUGGACGAUUACUUCACGCCAAAGUGGUCCAUGGCAUUUGAGAGGCAUCUCUUCCAUAAACUCAGGCGUAACCGAAGGGAGAAAUUCUCAAGUUAUGUUCUCAGGGUCGAGGGUCAAGCAAGUUAUUGCAAUUUUGGCUGUCUGGAAGCAAAGCAAAUUGCAAUCAUGGAUAAGCUUCUUCUGGAUGCUCCGCAAAAUAUGAUAAAGCGAGAAAUACUUCUGAAGAAAGACAUGAAUUCUGGUGAUGUUUUUGCAUAUGCAAGAUAUUAUGAGGCAAUAAUCAAGACUAGAGCUCAAUAAACAAAAAAAAGUAUUGCAGUAUGCUGCCGAUCAAAGUCUAGAUUUUUAAUGAAUCGAUGAACUUUUCGAUUCAAUUGUCAGCUCAUGAACAGAUAAGAACGUGAGCACGCUAAAGAGAAGGUAGACGCCAUUGCGAGAAUACGGAAGAGAAUCGUUUUUCAAUGCAAUUUCUAAUAAUCUCUCUUCUGUAAAUAUCACAAGUUACGGAAUAGUGAAGCGAAAAACGUUGGUAGUGUGAAGGUGUGAAGAAUUGACUGUAUUCGGGAAAUAUGGACAUCGACUUGCUGCUGAAACGCUUACCUCACUUCGAGACAUGUGAUGGAGAUUCUUCUGAAGAGCGACGGGAUAAAUGGUACAUGUGGAAGAGGGCGUUUGAAAACGUGAUGACCGCGAUAGGAGAGGAAGACGAAAACAGGCUGAAAGCAUUUCUGGUAAUUUAUGGUGGAUCUGAGUUGAGGAGAAUCUACACCCUACUAUCCCCGCUUACAAUGGAGACGAAUGAGGAGGAUCCUGGAUCUGCGGAUGGGCCUUAUAAAACUACGCUUAAGAUGUUCGAUAAUUUUUUAACCCGAAGAGAUCCAUGAGAUUUGAGAGGAAUGUCUUCCAUUAUCUCAGGCCAUAUCCAAAUGAGAAGCUCUCAAGUUUCACCCAUAGGCUGCAAACUCAAGCGAGGUACUGCAAUUUUGGUUCUCCGGAAGCAAAUCACAUUGCUGUUAUAGACAAGAUUAUCAUGAAUGCACCGCAACAUUUGAAGCAGGCGCUCUUGGAGAAAGAUAUGACCCUCCACGAGAUGAUAAUGUAUGUACGCCUUGAUGAGGAGAAAUGCGCCGGCAUAUAAAAAAGAGAUCAAUAAAGUCAAGCCGCGGGAGGGCUAGUU